UUUAUAGCAUUGCGUUUAAGCCAUUUUUUGUGCGUAACUGCAGUGGCUUCUUGAUUUUACACUGAUAGUUAUUCAUCUGAUAGAUUAAUAAUAUAGUUGGACCACCCGUAACAAUCAGUUGAUAACUGGCAAAAACAGCUUUUAAUAACUGGCAAAUUAAAGUGAGUCCCCUGUGGACAUGUCAGCAACAAUCGCCAGCUCGGAGGUUGGGGAUCAAUCCCUCGACAUGCCUGGUUACACACCACCGAUCAUCGCCAGCUCGGAGGUUGGGGAUCAAUCCCCAGGCAUGCCUGGUUACGUGCCACCAACAAUCGCCAGCUCGGAGGUUGGGGAUCAAUCCCCAGACAUGCCUGGUUACGUGCCACCAACCAUCACCAGCUCGGAGGUUGGGGAUCAAUCCCCAGACAUGCCUGGUUACGUGCCACCAACCAUCGCCAGCUCGGAGGUUGGGGAUCAAUCCCCAGACAUGCCUGGUUACGUGCCACCAACCAUCGCCAGCUCGGAGGUUGGGGAUCAAUCCCCAGACAUGCCUGGUUACGUGCCACCAACCAUCGCCAGCUCGGAGGUUGGGGAUCAAUCCCCAGACAUGCCUGGUUACGUGCCACCAACAAUCGCCAGCUCGGAGGUUGGGGAUCAAUCCCCAGACAUGCCUGGUUACGUGCCACCAACCAUCGCCAGCUCGGAGGUUGGGGAUCAAUCCCCAGACAUGCCUGGUUACGUGCCACCAACCAUCACCAGCUCGGAGGUUGGGGAUCAAUCCCCAGACAUGCCUGGUUACGUGCCAGUAACCAUCACCAGCUCGGAGGUUGGGGAUCAAUCCCCAGACAUGCCUGGUUACGUGCCACCAACCAUCACCAGCUCGGAGGUUGGGGGUCGACCCCACGACAUGCAUGGUUACAUGCCAGUAACCAUCGGCAACGGGGAGGUUGGGGAUCAAUCCCUGGACAUGCAUGGUUACAUGCCAGCAACCAUCGCCAGCUGGGGGGUUGGGGAUCAAUCCUCAGACUCCGCGACAACAUCUAAGGGCGGCGCCUCGAAAUGGACAGGACUUAGGAAAGCGCUGGGCGUGGCAAAAAAGAAGGAGAAACCCUCAAAAUGGAUAGGAAUUCGGUCGGCGUUGGGGAUAUCAGGCGAGACAUUGAUUCCAGAGAUUGUGGCUUCAACUAGUGUUUUCUGGGUGUUCUUCUGGAUAAUUGCCUACGUUGGUUUAAGCGGCAUAUUUAUAUACCAGAUGUCUGUGCUGGUGACGUCGUAUCUGGCGUACGAAGUUGACACCCAGAUCACCCUUGUGAAGAGUACCGAGUCCACUUUCCCUAGUGUCACCGUCUGCAACUCCAACCCACUCCGAAAGAGUCUCAUCUCAAAACUCACCAAGUACGAAGUGUUGGCGGAGCUUGAUAGUUCAGUGGCUGGUUCCAUGUUCAGCUCCCUCGGUCAAGACUUCGAAAUCUCAUACAGUGGCAUAGUGUGCGAAGACUAUCAAGAAUUAUGCGAGAAUUCAAUGAAAAAAAUCAUUACAAAUUCUGCCACUUUAGACAAACAACAUCUGGAGUGGUCAGCACUCACAGCGUCCCAACUGAAACGACGACUUGAUAAUAGCAGGGACCACAAGAAAAUUGUGCAACAGAGACAACUUAGACGUAAGGUCAGUCCAAUUUUCAAACAGCAGACCGCAAAUCAGAAAGAGAGAGAACGACAGCGAGUACUGAAAAACUUCAUGGAGGCAAAGGCGGCCUGUAACGAGAUGCAGGAUGCAACGAAAUGCAGUUGGACUAUAAUGAGAAGUUUAGUUUCAUUUAUAUACCAGAUGUCUGUGCUGGUGACGUCGUAUCUGGCGUACGAAGUUGACACCCAGAUCACCCUUGUGAAGAGUACCGAGUCCACUUUCCCUAGUGUCACCGUCUGCAACUCCAACCCACUCCGAAAGAGUCUCAUCUCAAAACUCACCAAGUACGAAGUGUUGGCGGAGCUUGAUAGUUCAGUGGCUGGUUCCAUGUUCAGCUCCCUCGGUCAAGACUUCGAAAUCUCAUACAGUGGCAUAGUGUGCGAAGACUAUCAAGAAUUAUGCGAGAAUUCAAUGCAAUGCAUUCCGUCGAGGUGGAUUUGCAACGGGAGAGUGGACUGCGACAAUGGGUGGGACGAGGGCGAAGAUGUCGACGGAUCCCCCAUUAACUGUACCACUCACGAUGACGGAAUAUCGACUGAGUAUGAACAAUUCAAUCCGGACGGAUUCUGCAACAAAGGACUAGUCAGGUGCAACGACACUAUACCCCUGUGUGCUGUGCCAUGCAACAACAUCACCGAGUGUCCCGACGGAUUUGACGAGGCCGCUUCUCCAUUGAACUGCACCCAGUUUCUGUCGUGUGGGGGAGAUCUAUCGGCGACAGGGUCGGACCAAACCUUCUCUUCGAAUGGAUACCCAAGCAGCAACUACAAGAACGAUCAAAACUGCAAAUGGCUGAUCACCACUGCUACUGCCGGAGAGAUAAUCGAGUUAUCAAUUGCUGCUCAGUUUGAUAUUGAAGAUGAGAGCGAUGGGAAUUGUGACUACGACUCUCUCACUUUCUACAAUGGAGAAACCGCGAAUUCUAAUGACGUCAUUAAAGUGAACAACCGAAACAAACUUUGUGGCAACGUUGCUCCCACUGCCCCCAUUCGCUCUACAGGCACCAAAUUACUGGUUGUAUUUGUAAGCGACGGAACUGAGCGUCGAACUGGCUUCCAAAUAACCUACAAAUCAGCCGCGCCACCUUCCCGCGCGCGGGCCAAGCGGGAGGCGGAGGAGUCCCUUUCAAACAUAAACAAAAGAUACCUGGACACGAAUAUGCCCGAAUCGCAAACUCGAAGUAAAAGGAAAGUUAAGAAAACGCAGCGGGUUCGAAGAACCAACGACUAUACUUACGACUACAGUUACUGGGAAAACUACGAUGCAAGGUAUGAUAACUUUGAUCCCUAUGAGCAGUUUGACGAAAACAUGGCUGAAUUCGACUGGCGCAGUGCGUAUGACGACUCGACGGCUCUCGACUACUCGGAUAUCAGACCAUUCGCCCGAUUUCCUAUAGAAGACCUGAACUACCUCGGAACCCAAGCAAACGAUUUUAUUGUCCAAUGUACUUAUGACGGUCGCGAGUGUAGCCCUACUCAGUUUAAAAGGUACGCAAAUCCGAAGUACGGAAACUGUUUCAUUUACAAUUCGAUUUUUGAUGCGAGCAGAAAGAAUGGACUAUACUCAGCAAUCAGAAAUACAUCCAAAACUGGGGAAGAGUUCGGGCUGAAAUUGACUUUGUUCUUGGACAAGGAAGAAUACAUUGGAGUUUUGAGCCAGAAUUCUGCUGCUCGUGUAAUACUGAAUGCGCCUUACAUCCCCCCUUUGCCCGAGGCCGAAUCGUGGACUGCGUCUGCGGGAACAACGACCCUGGUUGCCGUCAAACAAGAAAUCAUUGAGAGAAAAGGCGGAAAGUACGGUGAUUGUAGGACAAGUUGGCCGAACUUUUUGGCCUUGGACAAAUCUUUCACCGAGCAGUGGCCCCGAUAUGACCAGACGAUUUGUGAACAUUACUGCGUGCAAGCUGAGAUUUUCC